ACCAGCUAUAGUUGCACUGUAGAAGUGUGAUCGGGCCGACGCCAUCACGCGUUUUUCAAGUGGAGGGGACGAUGUUUCCACUGGAUUGGGUUUGGCGAAAAAAAAACUGGUUUGUUCUACCGCCCGUUUUUGAUGCGCUCAAACCUGCCGACACAAGGCACCGAAUCGUCUUCUUGGUAAGGUGGUUGUUGUUGUGGUUGUUGUUGUUGUGGUUGUGUGUUAAUGCGAUAUUUGUGUGGCUUGGUAAAGCUGGUCAGAGGCCACGUUUGAGCGGGAUGACAGAAUGCUCAGUGACCCGUUGAGACCCUGUUGGAGCGAUUAGAGCGGAGCGCUUGAUUACGUUUGCGUUUGCCGUUCAGCGCCGGUUUGCUUAUGCAACGCCGUCUCCCAUCCAACUGUCCAGCAAGUACACUUAGGCUCCUGCCCGGGAGUAAGGCGAGUUCGUUCGCGUGCAGUCUUCUUCAUUCCAUCCAUCCCGUCCGAAGUUCAGCUACUCGUAGCUAGUGCAAUGUAGCGUUUUGAAAAGCGAAAAGAACGACUCUUGAGCUGCAGAUGAACCCUGCUAGCUCCAAUGGAGCUCCACUCGUUCGAUGUUGCCCUCUCUAUGCUUUUGCUGCUCUGCUUGAACAAUGAUUUACAAUGACAGUUUCGCUAGAUGAAGCCGAUGCAGAGCACACAGACCAAUGGAGUAAACUCAGACUUCUUCCUUUCAAAUGGGGACUCUGCAGAGAUCACUCUGCACGAGCUUGUGACAUCCCCUAAAGUAGCUAGCCGAUAACACCCGUUAUCAUCUAGCUUUGCGUUGGUCCUUGGAAUUGUCUUCUCUCCCAAGCCGCAUCAGAAGAGCAAGAUGUAGUAAGGGCGCAUUCUGGAUCAAGGCCGAUCAAGUACUGCUGCACUUGGUCAAGGACCCGUGAAAGAGGCCGCACAGGCUCGAGCGAGCAGAGAAGACAUCUCCAGGAACUGAACUCUAGCAGUGUGAUUUCCAAAAAAAAAAACAAAACAAAACAAAACAAAACCCGGAACCACUGUUAUUGAAGCUCCAUCAAUCCCCACCUUGUGCAUUCGCGGUCGGUCUUCUUCAGCCUUGCCCCGCUCAAGGUUCGUUUACCGUGACCGUGACGGUUUCGGCGGCGGCGCGGGAGAGUGGGAAAGGGAGGGAGGGGGAUGCUGUAGAUGCCGCUUCUCGGUCGGAGCGAGAAGGCAAAUUCGGAGCCGGCCUGCGCUAUUUGCGCGAUAAAUAAACAGCGCACGCACACACAGGCGCACGCAGCGGGUUCGGGUUGGCCCGUUUGGUGCCUGCGGCCCGUCAGCCAGCGCCACAGUACCGCGUUGGCUGUUUGCGUCGAAGAAGCGUACGGUUUGCCGUUAAAUUCGCUGCGCAGCGUCGGUCGGCCGGUUUGGAACGCCAAUCGAACAGCAUCGAGCACGGCCGUGACGGUGUGCGUGAGCUCGGGUCGGAUCGAUUGUUUACAUCGAAUUAGGGUGUGCGCGGGAGGGAUUCCAUUACCCGCAAAUUCUCCCCCCCCCACCGGGCAGCUGUGUUUGCACGCGCGCCUCUCUGUCUGUGUGCGUGUGUGUUUGUGGAGGGUCGUUUGGUGGUACGCGGACGACCUUGCGUUUGAGCAGCAGCAGCAGCAGCAGCAGCAUCAGCCAGACCGAACUGUCAAGCCUGUCAGGGUUAAGUUCCGCAGGUGACAGUUCGGCAGGAACGGCUACAGCUACCAGGAGCGAUGAUCGGCGCAGAUGAUCGGCAGUGGCGGGUCACGCUGGCCCUGCUGGCGGUGCUGGGCGGGCACGUACUGCUGCUGGCCGCCGACCAGAUCCUGCUCGAGGACGACCCGAUGCUGUACGAGGGUGACGCGUGCGAGCUGCGGAACGGCACGGCCGGUCUCUGCCGACCGGCGAACCAGUGCGAGUGGGCGCAGGAGCGCCCGUGGCCACUGCACGAGCUGGUCACCUGCUCGUUCAACCAGUCGCUCCCGAUCGUCUGCUGCCCGGUGGGGCUCGAGCCCCGGCUCCAGGGCGGCACGGUGGCGAAGCGCAUCAGCGUCCGCCAGUGCGAGCAGUUCCCGAACGGGACCGGGCUGGCCGACCACAUCUUCAACGGGGUGGCGGCCCAGUUCGGCGAGUUCCCGUACAUGGCGGCGCUCGGGUACGGCGCACCGAACGGCACGGAGGCCGGCCUGCCCUCCCUGUUCCGCUGCGGGGCCUCGCUCAUCUCGUCCCGCUUUCUGCUGACGGCGGCGCACUGCUUGCGCGAGCGGCCCGUCUUUGCCCGGCUCGGCGUGCUCGAGCUGCAGCCGGCCCGGACCGUCGACGAGCCGCUGGACAUUGCGAUCCGGCAGGCGACCCCGCACCCGGACUACCAUGCCGUCACGUACCAGAACGACAUCGCGCUGCUCGAGCUGGCGGAACCGGUCACCGGCGACUGGCCGUUCGUCGAGCCGGUCUGCCUGUACACGAACGCGACCGGCGGCGGGCCGGAGGCGCUCGCCGGCCAGCCGCUCUCGGUGCAGGGCUGGGGCACGCAGCAGCCGGGCGACACCGAGCCGGCCGCCCGCCUGAUGAAGGCGAACGUCACCCUGGUGGAGCGGGACGCUUGCGCCGCCAGCAUACCGCGGACGCGCCGCAACCCGACCGGACUGCAUCCCGGCCAGCUGUGUGCGCUCGGGCGCAACGAGCAGAACGAAACGGUGGCCGACACCUGUCCGGGCGAUUCGGGCGGCCCGCUGGCGCUGAACGUGGACGGGCGCCACUAUCUGGUCGGCAUCACGUCCAGCGGCUACUCGUGCGGUUCGCCCAUCCCGGGCAUCUACACCGAGGUGGCGCGCUACCUCGACUGGGUCGAAUCGAUCGUGUGGCCGGACGUGUGACCGUCGUCGCAUUGUACAUCACAACAAAAAAACAAUGCCCAAACUAAAGGCAAGAUUUAUCUAGGGUGUAAUGUACUCGUUUGUAAUAAAAUUACUCAUAAUUGAUACGGAA